AUGUCCACGUCAGCGACAGCCUUAGAGCAAGUCCAACGCAGUGGAGAGAGAGGGCUCGUUUUCGAUGUGUUUCAGUUUCUACUCUACAUAGGAAAAAAAAAAGUGUCUGUGAGAAAGGCGAUUUCUUCCCCUCAGAUUUACAAGGGUUUGGAAACAAAAGGAGGCGGCGAAGGUGAGGUUGAAUUGGAGUUAGAUGGUGGAGAUGGAGAAGAGCUUGGAUUUUACGGUGGGGAGCUUGGCAAUGGCCACACCAUGGCUAUAGUUUCUCUGCCUAACUUCUCUCUCGUCUCCUGCUUCUUCUUCUCAUCUGGUUGCAUGAGUAACCAGAGACCGCUCAAGAGAGCACUGGUUCUUAAUGAUGACGAUGAUGAAGAAGAUAAGUUGUACAAGCUCAAGGUUCUUUUACCAAACAGCACAAGUGUGACACUCGCACUUACCAACCCACGACCUGAAAUGUCGUUCAAGUAUUUUGUUAAUCUGGUCAAAGAGGAGUAUGAGAAAACACUUAAGAGAGGAAAACUAUUGAUUGGAAUCAGGCUGCUGAAUCUUAUCUCGAAGAUGAAGAUGAUUCAUAGCAGAAUUGAUAUAAAGUGGUAA